CUCUCCUCCGUCGAACAGCUACAUCAGACAGUCAAAAUGGCUCCUACCAGAAAGAAGUGGUCCAAGGGCAAGGGUACGCUAUAACUCCCCGUUUCCAUCACCAUCACCAUCAUUAUCAUUCCCCCCCCUAUCGAGUUCAAGAGUCGGAAAUCGCCUGUUAUUGUAUCGAACGAAGAGAAAGAAGAAGCAUACAUAUACAUGUUCCACGAUAGCGAUAGAUGGAUGGAUAUUACACACGACGCACAUGAUGCAUGAAUGCAAUCGAUCGCGAACCGAUACACAAAACCGAGAUGAAUGAACAGGGACACUUUACUGACAUCGAUUUUUCUCCGAAUAUAGUCAAGGACAAGGCCCAGCACGCCGUCGUCCUCGAGAAGCAGACCGCUGAGCGUCUCAACAAGGAUGUCCAGUCCUACCGUCUGAUCACUGUCGCCACUCUGGUCGACCGUCUCAAGAUCAACGGCAGCUUGGCCCGCCAGGCCCUUGCUGACCUUGAGGAGAAGGGACAGAUCAAGAAGGUUGUUGGUCAUUCCAAGAUGAACAUCUACACCCGCGCCGUCACCGCCGAGUAAACGUAUGACGCUAUGAAUAUUUUUCCUCGCGCGUCGCAUUUUUCUUUGUGCAACGAUAUGAUAUCACUCGAAUGAAAAUUCGGAAAGUCGGGCUGGGCGAUUUGAUGGACAUGUCAAGUUAGAAUAUGACUGGCUGAAAUUCAA